AUAAACUUGUUACUCAUUUUAUAAACCACUUUUUUAUCAUAAGACAAGAAAAAGUAUUAUAAUUGUGGAAAGUUUUGUAUUCCUCCAAGAAAUUUGCGCUUUUGGUCCCCUUUAUAAACUUUGCAUUCCCGAAUCCUUUUUAAAUCCUUUUUUUUUCACUCCUUUGCUGCUACAUGUGACAAAUGUGGACACCCAGAAACAACAAAGCUUCUAAAAUGCAUGUGAAAGAGAAAGAAUAUAUAACGGGAAGAAAAUAAAAGCAUUUGAUAUGUUUACUAAUUUUCUCUCUCACUUUUCCUCUCUCUUCAUUAUCCCUCACAGUCAGCUGUGUGUGCUCUUCCCACUCCAGACCAGCGGGUGGCGGAACGGCUCUCUUUAAGUUGGUUUCACAAACCGGCAGAAACAGAAGAAGAGGAGACGCGCUCUGAACAACCGCUGAUUCAAAACAAAAGAUUUAUAAAGUAUUUGAACAUUCACGAAUCAUUUUUAAAAUAUCAUUAUUUAUAAGUGAAGAGAUGGAGUCAGAACAGCAGGAAGAACAGAAACCUGUAAAAACGGAGUUUAUUGAAGAUUACAGUGAGAAUCCUGUAAAAAUGGAGUUUACUGAAGAUUACAGUGAGAAACCUGUAAAAAUGGAGUUUAUUGAAGAUUCCAGUGAGAACAGGAGUGAUCCUGAUGAAGAACCCCUCAGAGUGAAAAUUGAAGAUAAGGAACAACAGACAGACCCGGCAGUAGAGAUUAAGGUGUGUGAAGAACUGGAUGAAGCGGAGUACACACAACUGGAUGUCAAAACUGAAGAAAACCCUUGGAGUUGCUCACAGACCGAAAGUAAACCUGUACGUAGAAGAUCCAACCAAAAUUACACUUGCUCUGAGUGUGGAAAAGGCUUCCGAAACAAAAGAAAUCUUAAAGCUCACAUGGCAGUCCAUGUUGUAGAGAAGCUGCACACAUGUGAACAGUGCGGGAGGACUUUCCCCAAAAGAUUAUUCCUUUUAAAUCACUUAAAAAGCCACAUUGGAGAGAAGCAGCACACAUGCGAUCUGUGCGGGAAGACCUUUUCACAAGGAUACCUGAAGUUUCACAUGAGAAACCACACUGGAGAGAAGCCGCACACAUGUGAUCAAUGCGGGAAGAGUUUUGCAAUCAAAAGAACCCUUAAUGCUCACAUGAAACUCCACACCGGAGAGAGGCACACAUGUGAUCAGUGCGGGAAGAGUUUCUCACAAAAAGGAUACCUUAAAUAUCACAUGAAAAUCCACACUGUAAAAAAGCCACACACAUGUGAUCAGUGCGGGAAGAGUUACACCCUUAAAGAAGCACUUAUGAGACACAUUGAAAGCCACGUUAAAGAGAGGCCUUAUAAAUGUGAUCAGUGUGGGAGGUGUUACAUAUGUGAGGAAAGACUUCAAGACCACAUGAAAGCUCAUAAUGGAGAUAAGCCGCACACAUGUGAUCAAUGUGGGAAGAGUUUUCCCCGAAAAUCCACCCUAAACAGACACAAGAAAAUCCACACUGGAGAGAAGCCACACACAUGUGAUCAGUGCGAAAGGAAGUUCACAUUUCUUUCACAGCUUAGGUAUCACAUGAGAGUCCACACCAGAGUGAAGCCGUACACAUGUGAUCAGUGCGGGAAGAGUUUCAGGAUUAAAAAAAAGCUUAUUUAUCACAUGAAAAUCCACACGAACAAAUGUGAUCAGUGCGGGAAGAGAUUCUCACUAAAACGAGUCCUUAAUAAGCACUUGAAAGUCCACACAGAAAUGAAGCCACAUGCGUAUGAUCAGAGUGGGAAGAGUUACACACUAAAAGGAGGCCACAUCGGAGAGAAGCCGUACACAUGUGAUGAAUGUGGGAAGAGUUUCAGAUUCAGAUGUUCAUUGAGAGUACAUCUGCGUUAUCAUGCUGGAGAAAAACCAUUUAACUGUAAUCAGUGCGGUAAAAAAUUUAUUUUGGCAGGUUCCCUGAAGAAUCACAUGCACGCUCAUUCAAAGGAGAAGCCUCACGUGUGUUUUUGUGGAAAGGCAUUUUCAUGGCCGCAUGGUUUAAGAGUACACCAGAAAAAACACAUUAAUGUGAAGAAUCAAGUGUGCUUGCUUUGUGGAAAAACCUAUUUUACAGAGGGUGAACUGAAGCAGCACCAGAAGGGAAGCUGCACACAAAAAAGUGUCAUGAAAUCGCACACAUGCUAUCAAUGCAGGAAGAGUUUCAGAAGUGUUCGAGCUUUGAAAUUGCAUCUGUGUUCUCAUUCUGGAGAAAGAAAGAAGCACGCAAUGUUGAUACAAAGGGGAAGGCUUACACGUGUUCUGCUUGUGAAAAACGUUUUACACGACUGAGCGCUUUUAAAGUACACAAGAAAACGCAUAUCAGUGUGAAAGACGUUUGCUAAACUGAAAACACAAACAAGCAAAGAGUUCACAUUGGAGAAAAACCUUUAAAGUGUUCACACUGUGACAAGCUGCCUCAUUUACGUCUGUUGAAUCGCACUAGAGUUCGUUUUCCCCCUUGGUGCGGUUCUUUUAGGCAGGUGUGAAGGCACCAAUCACACUCGGGUGCGCACCAAAAUCGAACUAAACAAACGUACCGAGACGUCCUUGAAGAAAAAUGCAAACAAAGUAUAAAUUUGAACCGAACUACAGAUGUGACAGCACCCUUAGUCCACCUGGACAACUGAAAAUAGAGAAGAGCAUCCGCAUCGAAAAGAUGACAUUUCACUGUCAUUCAUUUGAAAAAAAAAAAAUGAGCUUCGCUUCGCUAUUUAACUUCUGGACUGAACAGGAACUAUGAUUUCAGACAUUAUUAGUUCAAUGUAACACAAUGUUAUGGCGAUUCUGUUCUUCGCCAUUUCCACAAGUGUGUUGCGCAAAGGAUUUGACGCAUUAAUCCAUAACAUGCCAUGUAAAACUUCUAAAUUUUUAAGACUAAUGGUUUCAAGUUUUUCCCAGAAGAACAAUAUCAAAGAAGUUAUAUUCAAAAAAGUAGUUUUCUUACAUUUACAAAAUGUUUGUGUGUUCAAGUGCCUACUAAGAGAUUUUAUUAAAUUGUUAAGAAUAUCUAGUUUCUAUAUUCACCAAAUGCAUAUGUAAGAGAAACGAUCGUGUAUAGCUUUGUAACUGGAUGCUUUUAUGAUUGUCUCCUUGUCUUGCAAAGUCAAUAAAGUUAAAUAUCUCUUUCAUUUUCA